AUGACAAAGUCCAUAUGUUUUGAAGGUUUCGCUCAUUUAUGCUUCUUUCCAAGCCAAAGUUUAAUUAAUUGUGAGAGUGGCGAUAAACCUUCGAGUAGUUCAACUUCAUGUAGUGCUUCUGUAUUAUCCACAGAAAAAACUCAAGCCUUAAAGAAUAACCCCGCAGAAAAUAGUACUUGUCACGUUAAAUGUUCUCAAACGCAAAAUUUAUCAUCGAAUUCCCAUGAAAAUACGUUAUCAUCACCACUAUACUUCAAAGGACAUAUGAUCUUUGAAAAAAUGUCAAUGCAUUUCGCUUUAAGGGGUAUUCCUUCGACUACUGCGCCACCUGAUGUGUAUGAUCUUCAUGGAUGUCAACUUGAUAAACCGAUAUAUUACGAUGUUACCGUCCAAGAACAUGAUGCAAAGCAGAAAUGGGAAUUUAAAUGGGUCAGGUGGUGGGGAGGUGAUGCCGGUUGGAUGAGCUCAGAUCCGAGGUGUCUUGUUACUGGCGAAAGAUUUGUGCCUGAGCAGGAAUCGACCUCUGAAGAGCAGUUCAUAUGGUUUAGCACAACCCUGAUAAAAGGCAACGAAGAAGCUCAAAGGCACGUGAAAAAAUAUUUGAACAUCAAAAGUGAAGAAGAGGAGAUAGAUGUUUCUCAUGUUUGUAUAGGUGAGAUGAAACUAAUUGUUGAAACUGACAACGUUGAGGAUGAAUUUGAAUCUUUCGAAGAUGAUGAGAACGGUUCGGUGUGUAAUUAUGAAAUUAUGGAGCCAGAUGACAAUUGA